AUGACUCGGCUACGCGUGCCUUAUCCUCGUCAAGGUCCCCUAUAUAUCUCGUCGCAUACCUGUGUAUGGCCGUCAUCGUCUCCGAGGGAGUUCAAGACCAACAAGAGGAUGCCGAUCACUACUCAAACGAGUCCCGAGUUGUCUGACGGAAGGAAACAUGGUCGAGAUGACGACAAUCCUGCAAAGUAUUACCAACGGUUUCCUACCAGCCAACCUGCACAAGUCGAGGAAUCCCAUUCUUGUCAUGCCAUCGAAGUGCCACCUGCGAAGCGUGCGCGCAUUGAAGCAUCCACUUCCAAUCAACGGACCCAAGCGUGUCCACUCAGUCCGACGUUGACCUUCCAUAUGGAGGUUGACGAGAUCCCCGACCUUUCAUCCAUAUCCCUUGCCUCUCCAGACUCGAUGACUGGACUUGCAGAGAUUCCCCAAAGUGUUAGGGAUGGCGAGGACAUUGAGUAUAUCAAGUGUCAACUCUCAUGCAUGAGAGCAGACUUAUAUGAAAUCAUAGUAACACUAGCAGAAAUUAGAGCACUUUUGGCUAGAUGUGUGUCUGAAAGCAGGGGUCAGUACACCUCUCAAUGA